AUGGCGACACCAAGCUCUAUAGAUGCAUAUGUUCGAGAUCAAGUAGUAGAAAAUGGUGGCCGAGAAGCUCAUGUUUGUGCUCAACCCAAACUUGAUGCCGGGGCUCUUUUUGUUCUUAAAUCCAAAGGAUCAUGGUUACACUGUGCAUAUCACUUGACAACCUCAAUCGUUGGUCCAGAUCUUCUAAGUCUGCCAUAUUCUUUAGCCUUCCUCGGAUGGACCGCUGGGAUUUUCUGUAUGGUUAUUGGAGCAUUAGUGACUUUCUAUUCCUACAACUUAAUCGCUCUGGUUCUUGAACACAAGGCUCAAUUCGGGCAUCGGCGCUUUCGAUUCAGAGACCUUGCUCACGACGUUCUAGGGCCUAGAUGGUGUCGGUAUUUCGUCGGACCACUUCAAUUCCUGGUAUGCUAUGGCGCUGUUGUUGGCUCUAUUCUUUUGGGAGGACAAUGCAUGAAGGCAAUAUACUUGCUAUUAAACCCAAAUGGCAAUAUGAAGCUUUAUGAAUUUGUGAUCAUAUUUGGAUGCUUGAUGUUGUUGUUGGCUCAAAUCCCAUCUUUUCAUUCACUCAGGCACAUCAACCUUGUCUCCAUGCUUCUCUGCCUAACCUAUAGCGUUUGUGUCACUGCUGCCUGCAUAUACAUUGGAAAGUCUAACACAGGGUCCCAAAAGGACUAUUCCUUGAAGGGAACCACUGUAAAUCGUGUUUUUGGGAUCUUCAAUGCCAAUUCCAUCAUUGCUACAACAUAUGGCAAUGGCAUCAUUCCAGAAAUUCAGGCAACGCUAGCAGCACCAGUAAAGGGAAAGAUGUUCAAGGGACUAUCUGUUUGUUAUGUCUUUGUGACGAUGACUUUCUUCAGUGUUGCCAUCUCUGGUUAUUGGGCGUUCGGAAACAAAGCUGAAGGCCUCAUCCUUAGUAACUUCUUGGAUGAUGGAAAGCCUUUGAUUCCAAUGUGGCUCAUUUUUAUGACCAACAUUUUCACCAUAUUCCAACUUUCAGCUGUAGGUGUGGUAUAUCUACAACCCACAAAUGAAGUGCUAGAGACCACAUUUUCAGACCCAACAAGCAACGAGUUGUCUGCUCGGAAUGUGAUUCCGAGGUUAAUUUCCCGGUCAAUAUCUGUCAUGGUAGCUACAGCUAUAGCAGCAAUGCUUCCAUUUUUUGGGGAUAUUAACUCAGUAAUUGGUGCAUUUGGUUUUAUCCCUCUUGACUUCGUUUUGCCUGUUGUGCUCUUCAACUUGACCUUCAAACCAUCGAAACGAAGCCUCAUUUACUGGUUGAACGUCACUAUUGCUGUAGUAUUUUCAAUCUUGGGAAUCAUAGGUGCAGUUGCAGCUAUAAGACAAAUAAGCAUCGACGCCGAAACUUACAAAUUAUUUGCUAAUGUAUGA